AUGCCCAUCAUGUCCAACUUCAAUAGCUCCAGCCUGACUCCCACAUUCUUCAUUCUGAAUGGAGUUCCUGGGUUGGAAGCAUCUCACAUAUGGAUCUCCUUCCCAUUCUGCUCCAUGUACCUCAUUGCUGUUUUGGGGAAUAGUGGACUCCUGUAUUUAAUUCACCAUGAGGAAUCCCUGCACCGGCCUAUGUAUUACUUUUUGGCUCUACUCUCCUUUACCGAUGUUGCUCUCUGCACCACAACUGUACCCAAUAUGCUUUGUAUCUUCUGGUUCAACCUCAAGGAGAUCACCUUUAAUGCUUGCCUGGUCCAGAUGUUCUUUGUUCAUAUGUUGACUGGGAUGGAAUCUGGUGUACUUAUGCUCAUGGCCCUGGACCGCUAUGUCGCCAUCUGCUAUCCCCUACGCUACACUACCAUCCUCACCAAUUCUGUCAUUGCCAAGGCUGGGUUCGUCACCUUCUUGAGGUGUGUGAUGCUCAUUAUUCCCUUUACAUUCCUCUCCAAGAGGCUGCCCUACUGCCGAGGAAACAUCAUCCCUCACACUUACUGUGACCACAUGUCUGUAGCUAAGGUGUCCUGUGGGAAUGUCAAAGUCAAUGCUAUCUAUGGUCUGAUGGUUGCUCUACUAAUAGGUGUGUUUGAUAUAUGCUGCAUCUCUGCGUCUUAUACCAUGAUUCUCCAAGCUGUGGUGAGCCUCUCCUCUGCAGAUGCCCGACACAAAGCCUUUAGCACCUGCACAUCUCACAUCUGU